GUACUGGCAGCUACUAACUAGCAAGUAUUCCAGUCCGCAAACAACAAAAGCACAGCCUUCUCCAACUUGGCGUGCACCACUGACGACUACCAGUCGUCGCAGCAGCAGUAGUACUAGUACCAGCAGGCAGCAGCUAGCAUAGCAAAUUAAGCAGCCAUGAUGAACACCACUGCAAUGGAGCAAAUGACCAAGUACUACUGGGGUAUGUUGGGCGCAAGGGCCGCCGCCACUGGUGCUACGACGACGACUAGCAUCAGGUCCUGGCAGCCACCGGCGCAUGGCAGCGGCGGCGGCGAGCCGUCAUGGGAGGAACUGGCGUUCGCGCGGGACGCGGCGGGGCACCUCGGCGGCUGCAUGUGGCCGCCGCGCUCCUACACGUGCACCUUCUGCGAGCGAGAGUUCCGGUCCGCGCAGGCGCUCGGUGGCCACAUGAACGUGCACCGCCGCGACCGGGCUCGCCUCCGGCAGUGCGCCUCCCCGGAUCAUGACGUCGUCCAGGACGCGCAGCAGCAACAGCCGAUCGCCUGUCCAGAUGAUCAUCAGCAGCAGCACCAGCUUCUGCAAGUGCAAGAAUCUCCCUUGUUCAGGGCGAAGGCAGUAUUUCUCUCUGACCCUAAAUCUACUUGUGAUGGUCAACUAACUUAUAAUAAUAAGGAAGAGGCUGUGAUUAGCACUACUACCUCUCCUUCAUACAUAUCAACCAUCAUCAAGGAGAGCAAGAACAAGGUCGUCAUAUCCAUACCUGCAGCGACAGCGGAGAGGAAAGAAGCUCUAGAAAGGGACGAGGAGGUCAUGGCGGAGAGGAGGAAGCGGAGGAGAGUCGAUCAGCCGCCAGAUGAGGCGGUGCUUCCCUUCUUCUUGCGGCUGCCGGCGCCGUGCGAAAGAGUUGAACAUGAUGCAAAGGUACCCAAAGUAAUCACAAGCCCUAGCUCCAGUUUACUUCAUCUCGCGGGCCGGCAAGAAGUGGAUCUGGAGCUCAGGCUUGGGAGUAGUCCUAAAGUAGCGUGAGUGGAUCCUUAAUUCUCCAGCGUCAUCUCUUCUCACCAUCUGAUCUUGAGUGUGUGCGUGCACAAUUGAAACAUAUAUGCUUCAUCGAUCCUUGGUGAUUAGGAUUUUUCAGUUUUUCUUCCUCCUCUCUUCUCGAUUAAUUUGUGUGUGGGUUUCUUUGGUCAUCUUCUGCAUGAUUGUUCUUGAUUUAAUCAAAGCCGACGUGUCGUUGGCCAAAGGCCUUAUUCUUCUCUACAUGAUUGUCGAGUUCUACGUACAGAUACAUCAACAAUAUUUCAAGUGCUGCGGAUUGUAAACAACUGUUGUAAUAGAUUGUAUGUUAAUUGUCAAACUAAUACUAUAUAAUUGUGUAUAUGAUCACGAAAUCAAAACAUUGAUAUUAUAUGCAGUACCUUAUAAAAUUUCCCAGCUAAAUAGGUCGAUAUGACCGGAUUAGAAAUGAUGAACCUUUCUAUGUGUUCGAUUUCUCUUCCUUUGACGCCUAUUGGUACAUGAUUCGCUAAUUGUUGGAUUGUUGUUUGUUGAUGAUCACUUGCUUCUAUGCUUUUCCUUCUUAACAUAAUGGUAAUUUUGUUUAGAUUUGGAGUAAUGGAUCAUUCAAGUACCUUUAUUUAUCACUGUUCGACGAACAUAGAAAGAGGAGCUUGCUGGGGAGCUUGUACAAAAGAUCAAUUGAAAUUGAAAUUAAAUAACAAAUAUAUAUCAAUAAAAACGAUUGCCAUUAUUUUUCCAAUAAAAACGAUUGCCUUAGUUUGUGAGCUGUAUAUUGUGAUGCAUUGGCCUGCUGGUGCUUGAUUUCCCCUUCAACCAUAAGCAAGCUAAGGUUGCUUGUUAUUUUAGUUCAGAUCACAAGCAAACAGUAGAUAGGGCAAAGUGGUCAUCUGUUCUUGUCUUAUGCCCUAUAUGUAUCUCUAUGGGGCAAAAGGUCAUUAUUGUAAGAAAUGUUUCUCCAUUAUUAUAUCAUAUCAAGAUUAGAGUACUGAUAUAAAGGUGGGUAUAUUUUAACAAUGGUUUAUACUAUUAUGUUACAGUACACUGACACUUAAUGUACGCACACCACACAUUAUGCUAUCUUUUUUUUCAGGUUACCAGUUAUAUAUGAGGUUUUUUAAGUAUCUUUUUUCUGGAUUUGUUUGGAUGGUCCUUGCCUCGCUAGCUUGAUCCAUAUAUGCAUUGUACAGUGGAAAGCUUGUAUUGAUCACACCAGUUGAGACAGAGGGAACAAAGCACCAACCGGGUGUUGAUGAUGCAUGCUGCCACCAUUGUCUUCUUUGUCUGGUCUGGUCUGGUCUGAUCUGGAGAGGGAGAUAGAGAGAGAGAGAGAGGUCCGUGCAUGAGAGAGAGAUCCGUGCAAGAUGCAGCAGUGCAGGGGGGCACAGUGUUUGCAUUAUUCCAUGCAUGGCAGUACGUACGUAUCCAUCUCGAUGGCAUGGGUAUUCGGUGCUGGAAUGUGUCAGUGGCAUAUACUGUGAGUGGGUGGACGAGAAGGCGC